AUGGUGCCCAUCCAGACCAAAAAGGUGUGCCAACAAUCGAAACGGACCAGGAAUCUCUUCUCAGGUCAUAGCAUGAUGCUUACGAGAACGACGAGACAUACACCAUGGCCGUCUCUGCCCAUGGAGAUACGUCGCAGGAUUUUAGAGACCAUGGUAGGCCAAAAGUCGCCAGGCUGGGCCUCUUUAGCGUCUGUCUGCAAGGAGUGGCAGCUCGUCAUCGAGAAGUACAACUUUCGCCAGCUUAGGCUGCAUCCAUCAUGCCUAUCCACACUCUCGCGCCUUAGCAUCUGCCGCAGGGAGCUUAUCCGUCACAUCUUGCUCGACAUUGAGUUGCUCCCGUUCACCACGUGGGGAAAUGGGAAUGAUUUCACGCUAGAGCUCAAUGCCCAUUCGCCUAGCGACUCGGAGCACUGGUUCAAGCACUACCAUUUCACAUCCAACGGCAGAGACGACGAAGACGUGACUUCCACCCAGGUAGUCGAUCCUAGCCGGACUGACAUGUUGCAUGGCUGGAGGGAAGGCUAUCAACUCAUGCAACCUCCUCUACGAGCUUUCCUACGACUCUUCGAAACGACCCUUUUCCUGCCUUGGCGAGCACGAGUACCCCCAGUUCACAUAGUCAAAAGCCUCAUCGUGCGACGACAAUUACGCCGCUGUCUUCUUCCCAUAACGCUUCAACAGAUAUUGGAGCACCUCCGAGGCUUGGAACAUUUGGUCCUGGAGCUAUGGCGGGUGUGUGAUAAGUGGCACGGAGCAUCUAACGAUGAGGACUUCGCACUCCUGAUUCGGACACAUCUUCCCCAGACCCUCAAGGUGGCCACAAGUCCCAGGUUGGGCGAGGCUUUUGUGUCCAGAAGCCUCCACCUCGAGGAGCUUUUGCGGUCGUUGGCCCUCACAUCGCGAGUUCUGCAAGACCAGGAACGACGCCAUGAGAUAUACGCUCUCCUGCUGAGCGCCGGGACCGCAGCUCUGCAGAUGCCCAGACUACAGCAUCUUGUGAUCUGGAGCGAGUCCCACGAGAAGGCGUGUGCCUUUAUUUACCAGGCCUACCAGGCAGACAGGCGAGCUGCUUCUAUCACCUGGCGUUGUACACUGGGCUUGGAGCUUAGCUGCACGACUCCCGUGAUGGAAGUGUGGCAACGCGUUGCCUCGAAAUCUCAUCCGUGUGUACUGCACAUCGCCGAGCAGUGGAUCUUCGAAGCCGUACUGUCCCAUGGCGAUGCAAUUCAUCAUUUGAACUUGCCCUGCAGCGUCGUUACCCCUAUAUCUCUUCGACAGAUGCGGAAAGAGGCGGAUCAGAGAGAUGAGGGCCAAUCCUUUGUUUUAUUGAUCGUUGCUGGCCAGGGGUCCACGGUGGUAUUUUUUGGGCCCGACUGGGGUGUUAUCCACGGCAUGACGACGAUACCAUCGUCCCCCAUGCAAGACAGCAGAAGCGGGAGGAAUAUGUACGGGUAUGACAUUGGGUGCUUCUACAUUCGUACCUUGGGCCGCUUCCACCGUCCCGCACCUGUGCUUUUGCGUCUCUUGCAGCAGGGACAGAAUGUGGCGGUCGACGGUGCAGGGACCCGGAAUCAAGCCGACGUCCAAGUCGAGAACAAGGCGCGUUCAUGCCCAACCGUCCUCGGAGAUUCCUAAAGCGUCGGCGACGAUGGCUGAGUUCGACGAAGUACACGUAAGGAACGUGCUUGGUAUAUGGGUGUGUACCUAGGAGGCAUAGCACACCCCCUCCCGGGACACCCACCUCAGUCCUGAUCGAA